UUAUUUCCUAAUUUCAUAAAAUGUACUAAUCGAUCAGUAAACAUAACGGCCCUAAAGCUAUAACCGAGACUGCUAUCUCAACGUCUUCAGUCAGUUUAGGUUUCAGAAAUGAAGACGAAUUUUGUCAUUAUACUGUUUGGUGUGUGGUCGGCAUUUAUAUUCAAAACUCUAGCUACAAAUAGAGUAAAACGAUUAGUAUGGCCACCAGGAGGAGACAAAAUACAGAUGAUUGCUGGAGUUGGUAUACCGGUGGAUCUACAACGAGAAACAGUCAUUUUCGGGAUGGUCUAUAAAGCUGCCUAUGCACUUCCUAAUAAUGUAACACAACUACAAAGUAGCAACACUAUCUAUCAGAGACACGCCAGAUCUUCUGAACUUGAGAAUAAGAAUAUUGUGAAUUAUCUGGAGAGGUUUCUGUACGUUCAAAAUCAGUACAGUAAGAAAUGUGUUUUGAGGACCAUUUGUGAAGCUGCAUCUUCCAAUUUCGAUCAAAAUGGAGGAUUUAUUAACGAAGUUAUAAACAUAAUAUUCGGAUCAAUGGAAGAAACAAUUAGACAUCACGAUGAUACAAGUUACAUGGAUGCCUUCAAGCAAGGUGUUGCAGAUCCUGACUCAUGCAUAAAAAUAUAUCCCCAGUGUAAGAGCAAUUUGUUAGAUGUUAUUUCAGAUCAAGAAGAAAAUUCUGUGUGA